AUGUCAUACCAUCAGUCAUGGUUGUUCCUCUGGAGCGCUGCAAUUCUAUUCUUGAUAAACGUUCUACUCUUCCUAGUCGGUUACUUCCCCAUGGAGCGCAACCCCACAGGAGUAGCCAAAGCCACGGAUGCAGCUUUGCCGUACGCUCUCUGCGGGCUCCCAUCCAACACCGUGCAUGAUACGACGUAUAAAUCUCUGCACCCACGAUUGGUCCUGGUGGUAAUCGAUGCACUGCGAUACGAUUUCCUGGAUGAGAAGAAUUUCCCCUACGCAAGCUCGAUGGUGGCGAAGAGACAUGCCCUGAAGUACAAAAGCAGAGCGUUCGCGCCCACCGUCACCCUUCCGCGCAUCAAAAGCAUACUGUCUGGAAUCGUGCCAGGAUAUGCGGAUAUCAUCAUCAAUCUGGAUGCGUCGAGGAUGAGCACGGACAACCUCAUUUAUCAAGCGCACAGUGAAUUGAGGCGAAGCUAUUUUUUCGGCGACGACACUUGGCUGAAACUGUUUCCCCCAGAGUAUUUCACAAAGUACGAAGGAACCUCGUCUUUCUACGUCAACGACUUCACCGAAGUCGAUGCAAACGUGACAAGAAACGUGAAGGAGACGAUAUCGAGCGAUUGGGAUCUCAUGUUCCUGCACUAUCUCGGGCUCGACCAUUUGGGACACAUAACGGGUCCUGAGGGCCCCGCGGUUUUGGACAAGCUCAAGGAGAUGGACGAGAUCCUCAAAUAUCUCCACCAAAGCCUACCCGAUGGUAGCUUGAUCGUGGUGACCGGGGAUCAUGGAAUGAGUGUCACGGGAAAUCACGGAGGAACGUCGCACGAAGAAAUCGACACGCCAAUAUUAUUCAUGUUGAGCGGGAAAGACAAUUAUUUCAACGAAUCUGUUGAGCUUUCAUCUUGGAACGUACAUCAGAUCGACAUCACACCGACCCUCGCACUCCUGCUGGGCUUGCCCAUUCCCCGAGGCUCCUACGGGUCGGUGAUUCCCGAGGUCAUAAACGGCCAUCCUUUCCUGAAGCCCGAACAAACUCUCUUCCGGAUGCAAUACAAUGCGAACCAGAUGCUGCAAGUAUUCAACGAUUACUUCGAGGCUGAAAUGGAGAAGUAUCAGACGGUCAGAGCCACCAUUUGCCAAUAUCUGCGUCUGAUCAAAGACGACGCACCUCUGACGACUGAAGCCGUUCAUUCGAUGCAAAAAGCGCUGUACAACUCCAUGACCAUGAUGAAGAAAAUGCUAAUCGGCAACAGAUCUACGUGCAAUCUUCAUUAUUUGAUUAUUGGCGUGAUCGGAGCGUUCGAAUGCGCAUUUUCAAUCUUCAUCUGCGCCUUCUCGGAAAAUCUUCGCUUCAAAUUCGACAAGAGAGUGUUGCUGUCCAGCUUCAUCUUAGGCUUUUCUGUUUCCGCUUUCAUCUCCACGUUGCUGGAAGGCUCGACCAUAAGGAACGAGCUCCUGGGCGUGAUAUUCCUCUUCGCGUCCACCUACGUAUUGCUGUGCUCAUUGCAGGGUUUCACCCUGUCGACGUUCAAAGGCAAUCUGGGCAUGGUGAGCGUCCUGUCUUGCAUGCAGGUGCUCGGUUACGCUCUUUACGCGGGCUCGCUGAUCGGCAGCAGUUUCGUCGAGGAAGAGCAUCAGACAUGGUAUUUCUUGAGCGUCAGUAUCGGAGUUCUGGGAGCGCUGCUCUCACCGUCGAUGAAGAUCGGUAAAGAGAACGCUAUCAGGGUUUUCCGAGUGCUACUGCUGUCUCGUAUUCUGAGAGGCUGGAACCGCACCGGGGACAAGUGGAUUCACCUUCCAGUGUACGCGGACUACAUCCUCAAGCAACGAUCUCUAGCCGUGGCUCUGGUGCUCGUCACGUGCUACAAUGUGAUGAGUAUGUUCAGGAUGCGCAAUUCGUCGCUACAAGGCGCGCUCGGGGCGACUUCCGCGGCCCUAAUUUUAGCGUAUAAACUGCUCAGUAUUGUCGCGGGCGAACACCACAAGCUAGCGGUUUGGCUUUAUUUGACGCUUCCCCUGAUGAUUAUUUCGGGUAUCUGGGAGUUUGUCACGCUAGAAAACCGGAGAGAGCGUCAUCUGCAUCCUCUGAACGCGAUAUCGAAUACCUGGAUGCUGCUCGGUUUCAUACUCCAGAGACCGGAGAAUGUUUUCAUGUUUGGAUUGGAGAUUUUCCUCGAGAACGCCGUCCACGCAGCGGUGGCAUCUUUCCCCGUAACGAUACAAGCCGUUGUCUACAUGUGGUUUUCGAAUGCGGCCUUCUUCCAUCAAGGCAACUCGAACAAAUUGUCGACGAUUGACGUCGCGUCGGGCUAUAUCGGCAUUUCGUUCUAUGAACCAGCCCUUGUGGGAUUCCUGAUGUUCUGCCACACCUACUCUGGGGUGAUUCAUUGGUUGAUUAUGUUCUGGCGGCAUACCUGCUACAACCUCGGUCCCAAAGAUAAAAUUAGGGUGACUAGUCUCAUGCUGUGCAUAAAGCUGCUGUUGACAACAUGGUAUCUGCUGAUAAUGAUAGUUCAGAGAGAACAUCUCUUUGUAUGGUCUGUAUUCAGUCCGAAAGGACUAUACGAGUGUGUGCACUCGACAUGUUUUGUGCUGCUCCUGAUGGGAAUUUCGUGCUCCAACGUGUGAUACGGGAGGGACGCCGAACGUGUCUGCGUUAAUGCAAUGUAAUAUAUUUAUAGAGAUCGAUUAAAAGGAGGGGGCUUCCUCCGU